AUGUCUAUGAGAAUAGUAUAAUCUACAAAGAAGAUUUUAGACAUGUCUCAUUCUAGUCAAACUGUACUAAAUAGUCAAAGGCCUCAGAUGUCUCUAAUGCCAAAGGAAAAACUUGUUAUAGGAUUGAAUUCAAAAUAAGAGAAAAAAAUAAAUAAAAUUGUUAUCAAAUUGGAAGAUCAUAUAAACAAAUCUAUUGUUGAUUAAAUCAAACUUGAACAAUGUAAACAGUUAUAGGAAGUUUAACAUCCUAAAGAGGAUCAAUUAGAAAAUAAAGAAACAAAAAUUUCAAUGGAAAUUACUCAUACUCUUUUCGAACUUAAAGUACCCAAGGUUAUUGUAUCACAAACACUUGAGAUUCCAAAAAUCAUAGUACCUUCUUAAAUUAAGAUUGAAUAAGAGGAUAAAUUAAUGACUUAUAAAUAAACGAAUUUGCUGAAGUAAUAAUUGUUUUAGAUUAAAAAAUGCAAUGAACCUAUUUAAUUACUUUUACAAGAGAAUAAUUAAAGAAAAAAAUAUUAUUCAAGAGCAUAAAGAGAGAAAGAAGAUGUUGUUCAUUGGGGACAAAGAAAAUUACUUAUUAGUGAGAUAUGGUUUUUGACAAAGUAUGGUUGUUUAUCUAGGAAUAUUAUAUAUGCAGGAGCAGCUCCAGGAUUUCACAUAUAAUUGUUAUCUGAUUUAUUUUAAAAUCAUAAAUUUUAUCUAUUUGAUCCAAAUGACUUUUAAGUAAAAUAGGGACCAAAGAUUACUAUUUACUAACGUUGUUUCACUAAUGAAGAAGCCUAAAAAUUUAAGGAAUUGUUUUAGGUAUAAAUUAAUUAACAAGAAUGAUUAUCUAUUCAUUUCAGACAUUCGAACUGCCAAUUUUAAAUGUAUGACCCCUAUGGAAAAUGAGUAAGCAGUACUAAGAGACAAUCAAUUACAAAUGGAAUGGGUUAAAAUCCUCUAACCUUAAAAAGUAACUAAAUCCAUUCUAUAUCUAUUAAAGGCUAUGUUGAAAUUUCGUUGUGCUUAUCCUACUGAAAUAAAUGAGCCAACUGAAUUCUUUCAAGGUGAAAUCUAUAUCCAAGCAUGGGCACCAGCAUCAUCUACAGAAACAAGAUUAAUACCUCAUAAUUAUGUUAAUACAAUAUUCUAUGACAAUGUUCAAUAUGAGGAGCAAAUGUUCUAUCAUAAUGAUGUUGUCAGAAAGAAAUAGAAAGGUUCAUUAAGUUGGGAUGACAGAGCAGAAACAGAAGUGUUAAUUGAGUAUUUACGUAAUACAGGAAUCAAUGAAAAUUAAAUAAUUAAAUAAGUAAACCUAAUCAAAGAUUAAAUUACAAAAAAAUUGAAUUAUUAUUGA